UUUGUCGUCGGAACCCACUCGGAACUUUUCCGAAUCGGUUCCACGGGCCUCUCGAGCUUGGGAAGCAAGAUUCCGAUUGGGAAACAAGUGUCACAAAUAUCUGAGUGAGUGUAUCUAUUCACUAUGGACCACCUGAUCCUACGCAUCAGACUAAUACGAGCUCGUGAAAGGAGACAUCAAAUUCGAAUCAAUUUAGCUCGCAUCAAGAAGCGCACUCUCAGGGACACAUCAGAUCCAUUUGGAGUUACAGAAGCCGAUUUUCGUCAACAUUAUCGUCUUCCCAAAAUAUUAGCUAGGAGGCUGAUCGAUGAAUUAGAGCCAUACAUGCGCCAACCACAGCGAGCAUCAGCGAUACCAGUGCAUUUAAAAGUCUUGUGUACUUUGCAUUUCUUUGCUAAUGGUAACUUUCAAAAACCAAACGGGAGAAACUACGAUCUGGCCAUGUCUCAACCAUCUGUAAGCCGUGCCAUAGAUGAAGUUGUGAAUGUGAUGAACAGACUUGAGAUACUUCAAGCUCACAUUAAGUUUCCUAGAGAAGAGGCUGCUAGGAGAGAGGUCAUCCAUAAGAACUGGCUGGCUUCACGUCUAAGAGGGGUGGUGGGAUAUGUUGAUGGAACUCAUGUUGCCAUUAAGAGACCUACUGAAAGGGAAGAUGUGUUUGUAAACAGAAAAGGUUAUCAUUCAAUGAAUGUGCAAAUUACCUGUGACUCUGAUCUCGUCAUUCUGAAUGUUGUUGCCCAAUUUCCGGGAUGUAGUCAUGAUUCUUAUAUCUGGGCUGGAUGUAGUAUUCGUCGAAGAAUGGAAGCAAUUUACAAUAAUGGACAAGGACAAUUGUGCUGGCUAUUAGGAGACUCGGGCUACCCUGAGGAACCAUGGCUGCACACUCCUUUGGUUGAUGCUUUACCAAAUACAAAGGAGAGGGUCUACACAGACUUGCACUGUUCAGCAAGGAAUGCUGUUGAGCGCUGUAUUGGGGUCUUGAAAGGAAGAUUCAUGUGUUUAUCAAAAAUACGGGCUCUGGAAUAUCACCAUGUUAAAGUGUCAAAAAUAGUAAAUGCUUGCUGUGUCUUGCACAAUAUUUGUGUGGAAGCGCGGCUCCCAGACCCAGACCCAGUGGAAGAUGAUUUGGAGGAUGCUGGUAAUGAAGCUCUCUCAGAUGAUGAACAUGAUGAAGAUGUAGUGCGAGAGGUUGAUGGGGGCAGGAGAAGGGUGAGAAGACAGUUAUUAGUAGAGGGACAAAGGAUACGGCAGCGUUACCUCAUUGAUUGUCAAGUUGUUCCUGAGCAGCCAUAAUGGUAGCAAACGCUGAGACACCGUGUGAAAAGCAAAUGCUUUGUAGUAUGAGAUCUGAGGACCUAACUGCUCUUGCUUCCACUUUGAUUCAGUCUAGGUGUUCAGAUUCUUUGAGUAAGAAGUCAAUGAAAAUUUGUCUGUGAUAGCACUAGUCUUAAAGAAACUAUUUUAGAUUGCUGAGAGUAUGUGGUUAAAGUUAAAAAGUUUAUAGUAAUUAUUAAAUCAUUUUAAUUGAAGGAGGCAUUAAUUAUUUUUUAGUAGCAUCAAAUGCUUUAAAAAGCAGCUCACUUACUGCAAAAUGAGUGAAAAGUUUAUAGUAUAUCAUUUUAAUUGAAGGAGGCCUUGAUUAUUUUACUUAUGCAUAAAAUGCUUAAUAAGUAGCUAAUUUACUGCAAACUGGAUUUUUUAAGUCAGCUCACUUGCAGACUCACUUUUGUUGACUCAUUAUUCAGUGAAGAAUUUAAUCACAAAGUGUUUCAAACUGUGGUAAAGCUGAGCCAGAAGGGUGACUAAAAGUAAGGAAUCAAUAAACAGGUCUAUUUAUAAUACUUUGUUUUAAUAAAAAAAACUUCCUCAGGCCACAAUAUGCCACUCCAUCAUUAGAGGCUACAAACAGUGUAACACCAAUUUCAAACAAAACAUAAGUUUGAUAAAAACGCCAAGAUCACCAUGCUG